UACCCACACCCAACCUUAUGGAAAAAACUCCCUUCCUCCCUCCUCUUAUGUUUCUGCUGCUAUUUGCAACCUUUAGUGCUACUUUCUCUGCCAACAUCACCACUGAUCAAUCUACCCUUUUAGCCUUAAAAUCCCAUAUCACGCACGAUCCGCACAAUCUUCUAGCAACCAACUGGUCCACUUCUACCUCUCUUUGUGAUUGGAUUGGUGUCACCUGUGGAUCCAGACACCACAGAGUCACUGCUCUGAAUUUGUCAAGCAUGGAUCUUACAGGCACCAUCCCAUCUCAAUUGGGAAAUUUAUCUUUCCUCGCCUCCCUCAGCAUUUGUCAUAAUAGUUUCCAUGGCUCUUUACCUAUUGAGUUAACUAAUUUGCAUCGUCUGAAAUAUUUGAACUUUGGUAACAACAGCUUCAGUGGAGAAAUCCCAUCAUGGUUUGGUUCUUUUGCUAAACUUCAAGGCUUGUUUUUGUACAUGAACAACUUCACUGGUGUUAUCCCGUCCACUCUUGGAAAUUUGUCAAAACUUGGAAAGUUGAGCUUGUUUAACAACAGCCUCCAAGGGCAAAUCCCCAUGACUCUGGGAAACCUUUCAAACUUGGAAUGGUUAUAUCUGGAAGAUAAUUCUCUUUCAGGUCCCAUACUUUUCUCAACCAUAACUUUAUUUUCACUAUUAAAAAGUUUAUUUUAUAACUGA